AUGGACGAUCAAGUUGAUGAUAGCACAAUGAAUUCGAAUAGAAUCAAUGACGAUAAUCAAGGACACGAUGGAAGACGAAAUCGUACAAUGCGUGAUGGAAAACCCAAUUUUCGACUUUUGAUUCCAUCUCGCCAUGCAGGAGCUAUUAUUGGUAAAGGUGGAAAAACUAUUCAAGAGCUUCGUACAAAACAUCAAUGCCAAAUACAAAUAGCGGACUGUGAAGUACCCGAACGUGUUUUAAUUAUUAAUGGCGAUGAAACAGAUGUAAUUAAUUGUAUAUCCGAUAUACUUACGUGUAUUUCGGAAAGUCAUCAACAUUCACAUAAACCUGACCAAAAUGAAGUGCGCGCUCUAAUCCACCAAUCCCAAGCAGGAGCAUUGAUUGGUAAAGGAGCAUCAAGAAUCAAAGAAUUUAGAGAGAAACAUAAUGUUGAUGUGAAAGUCUAUCCUGAAUGUUGCCCUGGAGGAUCAACAGAACGAUGUAUUUCAAUGCGUGGCAGUAAAGAUGAUGUUUUAAGAUGUUUAACUGAAGUUUACAGUGUGCUUAAUGGUGUUCCACCACGUGGUUCAUAUCGUUAUUAUGAUCCAUCGGCAUAUAAUGGUUAUAAUGUUGCAGAUUACGGAGGCUAUUCCGAUAAUUCAAUGGGUAAUAAUCAAUUAAAUUUACGAGCCAGCAAUCCUAUUGAAUAUCGAAAUCAUUCUUAUGGCCCAUCAUCACAAGGUUAUUCACAAUAUAAUGAUAAAUAUGCUGACGAUGGUUACAACAGAAAUCGCACUCGUGGUGGUGGUGGUGGUGGUGGUUUUAAUCCACCUCAUCAACAAUAUGAACCAUCGACAACCACACAAGUGACUAUUCCAAAUGAAAUGGCGGGUAUUGUUAUCGGUGCUAAGGGUUCGAAAAUAUCUCAAAUUCGUCAUGAAUCAGGCGCAUCAAUUAAAAUUGAUUCUCAACCCAUGAAUGGCACCAAUGAUCGAUUAAUAACAAUAAAUGGUAAUCCAAAUCAAAUUCAACAAGCUCUAUUUCUUCUUCAACAAGCUGUUCGUCGAUCAAAUGUAUGGAAUGAAUAA